AAUGAUUUAUAUAAAUUUUACAGGAAGAAAGAGGAAGCUGUUAUGCCUAUCUAAAAAGUGCCUUACACUUCGUCAUAAUCCAUACUUGAAGGUUACACCAGUAAACGUUAAAGAAGCUGCCGUAAUUGAAUCGGAAGCCACUGGAACAUUUGAUCAUCUGGAUUUACAAUUAGUUUGUAGGCAAUCUCAACUACAACCAAGCGUUGCCGAAGUUCUUCUCUCAGCUAUCGAAGAAACUCGUAUUAAACCAAAAAAGAAACGAUUUGACUUUGCCAAUUUAGCAAAGUCCGCAGUAAGUAGGUCAGACGAUGAGAGAACUGACAGUGACGAGGAGGUUGAUGUUACGACGACACUACCCGCUCCAAGUCUACAAUCGUCUAAGAAGAAAUCUUACGUAUGCCGAUACUGCUCGAGAAUCUUUACAAAAUCUUAUAAUCUACUAAUCCACGAAAGGACUCAUACAAAUGAAAGACCAUUUACCUGUGAACAAUGCGGUAAAGCUUUUCGAAGAAAGGACCACCUACGGGAUCAUAGGUACCACACAGCUUUAUUUUACACCAUUUAG